AUGGCUGACAACAUAGAGGCAAAACUACCCACCACAGAAAGCGGUAACUCGCACCACUCGGAGCAUGUUGAUGUCGCCUUCCCUACCAUGGGUGCAUUGGCCGAUCCUGAGCACCGAGCCAGGGUGGAAAGGUCGAUGAAACGCAAACUUGAUCGACGAUGUUCCUUCUUUGUCCUCAUCUACAUUAUGAAUUAUCUCGACCGCAAUAAUAUUGCUGCUGCGCGACUUAGGGGCCUCCAGGACGACCUCCGUCUUAGUAACUCGCAGUAUGCAACAUGCCUUAGCAUUCUCUAUGUCGGCUAUAUCCUUAUGCAAGUUCCAUCUAAUAUGCUUAUUAACCGAAUUCAACGCCCUUCUGUCUAUAUUGCAUGCGCUAUGGUCCUUUGGGGCCUCCUGUCUGUUCUCUCUGGAGCCACCAAGGACUUUAGUGUCGAUAUAGUCGAAGGCGGAGUCACAAUGUUUAUUGCUCUGCUCGCGCCUUUCAUCUUACCUGACCUUCCUCACAACACUAAGGGUUUUACUGAUGAGGAGCUCCUUGUAGCACAGCUUCGCAUGACCGAGGAUGUUGGUGAAGUAGAUGCUGAUUCCGUCGAGCAAGGAAUAUUCAGUGGACUCUUCCUCGCCGUCAAGGAUAUCAAGGUCUAUAUACUAAUGCUUGUAUUCACGGCCUACACCGUGGGAUUGUCUUUCAAUGCCUUCUUUCCCACUCUGACGGGCACACUUGGGUUUGGCUAUGUGCCCACUUUGUUGAUGAGUUCUCCGCCUUGGGCCUUUGCUUGCGUCGUCAUGCUUCUGAACGCAUGGCAUUCCGACCGAAGACAAGAACGGGCAUGUUGUUUCUGGCACAUCCUUUGGCCCAUGGGCAUGGGAAUCACUGGGUUCGUAAUUAGCAUGUCAACCGAGAACAUUGCCGCCCGUUAUGUGGCCUUGCACCUCCAGGCAGGAUCCUACGCAGGGUUCUUCCUCAUGUACUCGUGGAUCUCUUCAACCUUUCCUCGCCCACCUGCGAAGCGAGCUGUGGCCUUGGCACUCAUCAAUGCUUUCAGCCAGCUUGGAAAUGUCGCAGGCUCCUAUGUUUGGAAUCUGCCAGACAAUGGCUACCGUGGCAGCUAUGGUGUGGUCACGAGCAUGUUUGGGAUAACCAUUGUCGGCUGCACCGUCUUUAGAUUCGUUCUGGUUCGCCUUAACAAUAAGAUUGAGAAUGGAGCAGAUCCUUGGGAGACACAUCAAGACCUGCGAGAGAGGACUGCUGAGAUUGCAAGGGAAGAAGGAUCUAAAAAGUCACCUUCCAUCUUUAGGUACUUGCUAUGA